UGAAGCCCCAAUGCAGUUUGUUGCUGUGCUCCGAAGUGCCAACUUGCAAGCGGAACGCGGUUUAAAAGCGAUUUCAUUCAGGCCUUCUCCACAUAUUGCCUUCUACCUGAAACGGCCGUAAGAAUGAAGCUCUUGAUCACAAUCUUUGCUUUCUCUGCCAUCGUCGGGAUUGGGUCCAGCAAGACUUUCCACAAGAAUUUACACCUUCAACGAUUUACCAGCAGAGUUGUGGGACCCGCGAAGGAUGCACCAGUGGAUUGCCCACCCGAGAACGACCCCGACGGUGAGGCGAUUCUUCUGCCAAACCCUUAUGACUGUGGCUCCUACUAUGUUUGUGACUGGGCCCAGAAUGGAGAGUUCGCCCUGCAUCUUCCGAAUCCCCUCGACUGUGGAAGCUUCUGUCAAUGCAACUGGGGGACGGCCAUCUACAUGCCAUGUCCUGCAGGUCUCCACUUUAACGCAGAACUCCAGGUCUGCGACUGGCCUGAGAAUGCCGGCUGUGAUAUCAACAGCAGGAACCAUUAA